UACAGACAGUUUCAUGAGUAGAUUUACAAGUGCUUGUGGAGAAACUUCCUUCGCUCGUACAAGUUCAGCUGUAUAGCACCCUUCGGUCUGCCUUCCGGAGGAAAUUUGUUUUCUUCGUUUCAUAUUUCUAGACUCUUGAAUUUGGAUUAAUCUGGCAGUUCCAUAAACUUCUCUUCGUUUGGUUAAUCAUCUGUAAGAGUUUCAAUCAAGUUUGCGAUCACCACUUUCUGCCGUGACGAUGAAUUCCGCAGCAACUCAGUUCCAGAAAGCAUCUCAGACUUUAGAUUCAGUAUUCUUAGCCCUCGGACUGGCAAGCAACCUCUUCGUCUGUUUUAUCAUGAUUCGUUGCAAACUGACGAAGAAAAGUAUCUCCAAUUUUUACGUUUUCCAACUCUCGGUGGCAGAAGUUGUUUACAGAACAGCACUGGCUGUUUUAGAAAUCUACUUUUUAAACAGAAAUAAUCAUCAUUUAAUUUCGGAUGCCGAAUGCAAAGUGAUUAUAUUUUGGCGGCAGGCAUUCUGUGCUGCUGUUUUUAUACUUCUUGUCGGAAUCGCCACGGACCGCAAAGAACACAUCAUAAAUUCCAUAAAAGCUAUGACAAUGAAUAAACACCGAAAGACAAGGAUUGCUUUUAUUUGGCUGUUUGCGCUCAUUUUAUCAAUUCCUAUGUCACUGAGCGCUACUCUCAGCCCGAGAUUGAAGAUGCUUGGGCGACAAAAUAUCUAUGAAAAACCUUUAUUUGUUUGCCUUCUACCACGUGGCCGGCUUUCAAGCAUGAUAUCAGUUACUAUCUACUUCUUUUUCGCUUUUUUUGUUCCCUUAGCAAUAAUUUCGCGAUCGUAUUACCAAAUAUUCAUUUAUCUACGAGACAGAGCAAAAACGCGAAAAUUGAGUGCAUUUUACAUAAGAUCCAAAUACAAAGCCUUGAGUAUGCUGGUCAUAAUCACUGCGAGUUUCCUUUUAAGCUGGGGACCUCUCAUGUGUAGCACUCUUGCAACAGCUUACGAUUUUAAAGUUCGAACAGGAGAUAUCUCAGUCAUGAAAAUUGCAAUUAGUAUUUCAUUGACUAGUUCUUUUAUUCAUCCAUUUAUUUAUUCAUUUGGAAAUGCGAAUUUUCGAUCUGAGGUUGUCCGGACUUUUCGAAGUUGCAUUUCAAAAGCGCGUUUCCAAUAA